AUGGGGGACGUUCGUCUGGACCGCAUUACCAUGACGACCGAUGACAAGGGAGGACUUGUAAAUCUUGACGACGAUGAAAGUGUCAAAUCUAAGAAAGAAUGUUACAAAAUCCUAACUGUGAUAAGUGUUGUAUGGAUAUUUACUUUCACCGCGUACUCGGGACUUCAGAAUCUGGAGAGUAGUUUGAACCCGGGAGUGGGAACGUACUCUCUCGCCGCUUUAACAGGGGGUGGUUUCCUAUCCUGUCUGUUGGCACCUGCCAUAUUAAACUACAUCGGUCCUAAAGGGGCUCUCGUGACAUCAUGGGUGUGUCUAUGUGUGUUCAUAGGUGGGAACUAUUACCCGAAAAACUAUGUUUUGAUCCCUGCUGCAGCAUUAGAGGGAUUGUCGACUGGGAUAAUGUGGACUGCUCAAGGCAUUUACGUUGCAGAUGCCGCCAUGCAUUUUUCUGAAAUAACGGGGGAGCAAUUUGAGGUUGUACUUAGUAGGUUUUUUGGAAUAUUUUGCAUGGCUUUCCAGAGUACUCAAAUCUGGGGAAAUCUCAUUUCGUCUGCAGUGCUUCAGUACGGCCACAAACCACCUCCACAAUCUAACACUUCUUUGGUUUGUGGGGCAGACGAAUGUCCUAAAAGUAUGUCAAUACCAGCUCUGCCAGAGACUACAAUAAUAUACAUCCUCAUCAGUAUUUACAUGGGACUAACCCUCAUUGGACUCUUGAUUACACUGUUCCUAUUAAAGCCACUGAAGAAGAAUAUGGACCAGGAGAGCAUAGGCAAAUUGCUGCUGUCAACUGUCAAGCUGCUGGGUACUGACGUCAACAUGGCAUUUUUAGUCCCCUUCAGUUUCUACACGGGUCUCGAGCAGGUCGUCAUGUAUGCAGAGUAUACAAAGUCGUUUGUGGCCUGUCGACUAGGAGUAGAGUGGGUAGGGUACACAAUGAUAUGUUUCGGAGUAUGCAACACCAUAGGCUCCCCGCUGAGUGGAAUCCUGACUAAAUACGUAGGACGUGGCACGCUGCUGUUUACUGCUUUCCUACUCAACCUUGGCGUCCUGGCUGGCCUUCAGUUCUGGGACCUCCCAGAGCAUCCGACAAUUAACCAGACAUUAGUGUUCUUUGUUUUCCCUGGACUAUGGGGACUUGCGGAUUCCAUAUGGCAGACACAAAGUGCAACCCUUGUAGGAGUCGCCUUUAAAGACCAGCAGGAACCGGCUUUCGCUAACCUGCGACUGUGGCAGGCAUUGGGUUUCACUGUAGCAUACUUGUACAGCAUACAUCUGUGCGAGUACAUAAAGCUAUAUAUAGUGGCAUCUUUUGCCACAUUAGCCAUGGUGCUGGUUGCCGUGGUCGAAAUCCGGCUCCGCAGGCAGGCCAGCAGCUACAACCUCCAGAUGAAAUCCCCAGGAUACUGAGCAUCACGACCGAUACACACGAAAGAAGAUCACUAUCAAAACGACAUCUUUAUGCUUUCGAAAUGAUUCAGCAUAACGACAAUGUGACUUGUCGAAACGUCACUCUACAAAGUUUUCAUAAAAGGAGUUUCAUCGUUUUGUCUUCUAAUUUCUGUUCGUUUAUUAAAACAACAAACAACAGUCUCAGCAUACGACAAACAUAUUUUAGCGGUUGUUUUAUUUUAGCGGUUGUUUUAUUUUAGCGCUUUCUGUGCUGUAAGUAUCGAGCUUGUUUAUGAAUGCAUCAAUGGAAAGUCUAGUAUAGCGUCACUAUUGCAUAUUCGAGAAUGCGCUAACAUUUUAGUACGCUACAAUACGUACAUUUAUAUCGUUCUGUUACAUGUACACUGUAUAUAAACACUGUUUACUGACAGGCUAUACUGCUAAAUAUACAAUGUGCUUGAAAUCAUUUGCAGACAAUUAAUGUAUCGAAUGCAAUUCUGUUUAAAUGUGUAUAAAAAAUAAACAUAGAAAAAGAAGGAAAGAAAAUAUGGACAACGUACUGAAGAAAAUGAAACCAAUGUGAACUUCAAAACCCUUGUGAAAUCUAAAAUUAAAAAUCAGUUACUCGAGUGGAAUCAGCAAAGUGAAUUCUCAAGAUAGACAAUCCAGGUUGACUCUAAUAAAGUCAUUACCACAAGAUAUGAUUCUUGCAGCAUUAACAGAAUCACUAAAAUACGGAGAAAGAGUGUACUUAUUUGAAAUAAUGAUUGUAGAUGCAGAUUAAUUUUACUGUACGAUAUGGCCAUCCAUUUCGUCAAUUUGUGACUCGUCAGUGGUUCUAAACAUACCAUGUCACGGCACACAUACACACAUACACACAUACAUAACUCGCAGAGAUGCACGUCCUUAAAUAAACUCAGCUGUCGGUAGGACCUUAAGCCCUAAAAACAAAUGAAGGUCAAAGGAAUGAAAACUUUGUCUGAAGUGUCGAAACAUGCGUUGUACAUAAUAAAAUACAGAUA